GUCUCUCGCGCUAAAUCACUCUCUAUCAGUUGUUUAUUGAGAUUUUGUAAAAGUUAUUCUUAAAACAAUGGCGUACGUAUGCACUCUUGUGGUGUUGAUCUUUCCCGCUUUGUUGUUGGGUGCACCUUGGGAAAGCCCAAAUCCCAAGUCUCAGGUGGAAUACAUCAGCAAUGACAAGACGGUGGCUUCUGGUUUCGCCAAACCGAACAUCGUGCCCAUCACGCAACCGUCGGUCGUGACGCAAACAGCUCCUCCUCCGCCCCCGAAUUCCAAGAACUUCGCAUAUAGUCCGAUGACGCAGACCUGGACCCUGAUUGCGCCAGGCGAUCCGCUGCCCAAUAAUGAAACCCUCGUCUGGAACCAGAGCAAUGACAAAUGGCUCACUCGCUAAGCAAUUCAGCAACCGAUGGCUAUGCUUUAAUCAUUGUGUUUUCAUGAAAAAAGGAAUAAAACUAAUUUACUGAC